AGAUGGAGGAGUCCUAAUGAGCUGGCUCGCGGAGAGAGGGAGCAGGGUUGACAUAUCGGCUGGACCGUAAACGUGAAAUACCUCCCCUAGCCUGGUCUCCGCCGUUUCACUACAGACCGCACCGUGGCCGUGGGAGACGGCUGUCUGCCUGGGAUCCCUUCUCUCCCCCCUCCCCACCUCCGCCUUCGUAUCUCCUCCUCCGGUUCCUCUUCGCCGCUUCUUCCUCCUCUCCCCGACUUUUUGUUUUGACUGCAUGUUCAGCCACACUGCCUCCCUCUGCAUCUUCACUUCGGCCCCGCCGCAGCCCGGGCGAGCAUGGACAGCCGUGUACUCGAGCAUCCUCACGCCCAGUUCGGAGGCUCCUUGGGCGGGCUGGUGGGUUUCCCGUACGCGCUCGGCCCCCAUCACCACCACCACCAUCACCAGCACGUCUACGAGCUGGCGAGCGGACACCAACUGCAGUCCGCGGCCGCCGUGCCCUUCUCUAUAGACGGAUUACUUAACGGCUCCUGCUCGGCCUCGGUGGUCAGCUCUAACUCGCUGCUCUCCUCCGACAGUCAGCAGUUCAAACUCUCAGAUUCUGGGGACCCGGAUAAGGACAGUCCCGGUUGUAAACGGAGGCGCACGAGGACGAAUUUCACCGGGUGGCAGCUGGAGGAGCUCGAGAAGGCUUUCAACGAGAGUCACUAUCCGGAUGUGUUCAUGCGGGAGGCGCUCGCGCUCAGGCUUGACCUCGUGGAGUCACGGGUUCAGGUUUGGUUCCAAAACCGACGCGCUAAAUGGAGAAAAAAGGAGAACACAAAGAAAGGGCCGGGCCGACCUGCUCACAACUCCCACCCGACCACCUGCAGCGGCGAGCCCAUGGACCCGGAGGAGAUUGCACGAAGGGAGCGCGAGCGGGAGGAGAAGAAGAAGAGGAAACAGGAGAGGAAGCUGCUCAAGUCCCAGAAUAAACUCCUCGCAGGUGACAGCUUCCACACACCCGGAGGUUCGGAGAGCGACAGCGGGGUCUCCCAGUUCACUGACAGCGAGCAGCAGUCUUCUAACCUUACUCUUCACAUAGAACUGCCAGCAUCGAAGGGUACGGGAGGACACCAAACUGAAUCCAGCUGUGACCAAACGCGGCACGAUUUCAGCCAACUACAAAACCACCAAAACCAAAGAACCACAGCAGACUCGGAGCAGGUUUCGCCAGGCAGCACGCACAGCUCCAGCCCUGGAGGCCCGAGGUCCUCCGCCCUGCAGAAACGAAACCCUUUCAGCGUGGAGAGCCUCCUCUCUGACACCAUGCCUCGACGGAAAGCUCAGCUGGACUUCCCCUCGCUGCCUAAUCAGAGGACACUGGUGGGAAAAGGUCACUUCUUGCUUUACCCAGUUACCCAUCAGCCUUUGGGUUUUCUAGUGCCCCAAGCGGCCCUGAAGGCCACACCAUGUCAGGACAGCAUUAGCAGGCUCAGCCUGGGACAGAGGUGUGUGCCAAGUGAAGGGAGCCCUGCUCCCUCUGACCUCUGCAGCUUUGGCAGCGUCACCAAGCCGCUGAACUCGGAUCAUAUACAGCACGACACGCAGCAUCACCACAAUCAUGUUAGCAGCAGAGCGGAUGGAGCCAGCGUGGAGGACUGUGGUGGUGACUGCGGGGAUGGAAGAUUCCCUGUUUCUCCUCCACCAAACAGUGCAACUCAGACAGCUCGGGUCAGACUGAGCUCCACGCAGUCCAGCGACAGCGGCGAGGAGAGGAGUCCCAGAGUUCAAUUGGAGGCGGCGACCAAUGGCUGCCAAUCUGCUGAGCUGUGUGUAAAAGAGAAGGGUGCAAGAGAGGAGCAAGCGUCUCCAGACCUCUCUGAGUGUCUCAAGGCAAACACAGACUGUCAAGAAACACCCGGAACAGAUGGAGAGGAUGUCGAUAUGGACUAACACUUUCAAGGAGCAAACAUAAACAAAGGACCAGGAACACCGCUCAGACUAUUCAAACAUUCCCAAAGCUCUGCUGAGACGCUCUAAAACAUAUCAGGAAUCAGGAGACUUAAUCCUCAUCUAUUUUUGAAUCAGAAGGUGUGAUCAAUCCAGAUGGCCCCCCUCAAAGCUGUGGCUGUCCUUAUAUUUGGGCUUUAGGCCUCAAACACCUUUAGAAGCAGGUUCAUUCUUUUUGCCCUCCUUUUAUUCUUUUGUUUUCUUCCUUUUUUUUGGUGAACAACUUGUAACAAAAACUAGGCUACAAUAAACAUCUUACACACAACAAAAAUCCUCAGAUAUUGUAAAAAAAACAACAAAAAAACGAGAAAAUGAUAUUUAUAUGUAAACAUUUUGAUAAAUAAAGUUAUUGUUUAAAUUGAA